AUGCAGAGUCUCCAACAAAAAGCUUCUGAAUGGAGCGGAGUUCCCACAGAGGACGCUUUCUCCAUUGAUGACACCAACCUCUUCCAAAAGCUUGGCCUUGACACCUUCAUUAACCUCUCUACCAAUUUCUACAACAGGGUAUAUGAUGACGAGGAAGAGUGGUUUCGUUCAAUAUUUGCCAAUUCUGAGAAAGAAAAUGCCAUUCAAAACCAAUACGAGUUUUUCAUUCAACGAAUGGGUGGUCCUCCUCUCUUUUCUCAAAGAAGAGAAAAGGCCUGCAAAGAAAUGGGAGAUGCAGAAUUAGAUGGAGACCAUGUAAAACCUGAGAAUUCUUUUUACAGCAAUCCAGUGAUAUUCAAGAGGUUGAGCCUUGAGAAACUUUGGCAUCCUGCUCUAAUUGGCCGACAUCGCCCUUUUCCUGUCACGCAUCAAGCUGCAGCGAGGUGGUUACAUCACAUGCAACAAGCAUUAGACAGUACUCCAGAUAUAGAUGAUGACUCAAAGACCAAAAUGAUGAACUUUUUCAGGCAUACUGCUUAUUUUUUGGUGGCUGGAGAUGAACUAAAGAAUCAAAACCAACAAAUUCCCUGCAAACAUGCAGCCAAAAGAGAUGAUUCCUAA